AAAAAAUGUUGCCCCUGGUCAUGAAAAAAAGCAAACGGAAGCAGGAGUCCAUAAAAUCACCAAGAAGAAUCCAGAGAGCGGACAUUCCUUUAAGCCUGGAAUUCGCGUUUUAUCUCCAUGAGCAAAUAUGGUUUUAUCGCGUGAACAUCGGCAGAAUUUGUAGGCUAAAUCUUACGCAAACAGCCCAUUAAAGUUGUCAAGAAGAUUCGCUGGUUUGGCAGUGGACUAAAGUUGUCUGACUUUCGAGUCGCAAACUUGGCACGAGCAGGCUAAUUUACUCAAGGCGGCUGCGGAAGAAAGAAGGACCAUGUCAACGGAGGAAAGAUAUAAGUUGGUGGUCGUGGGCGGUGGAGGUGUGGGCAAAAGCGCCCUUACCAUCCAGUUCAUUCAGUCUUACUUUGUGUCUGAUUAUGACCCAACCAUUGAAGACUCAUAUACUAAAAUCUGCACUGUGGAUGGGAAGGAGACACGAUUAGACAUCCUUGACACCGCUGGACAAGAAGAGUUUGGAGCAAUGAGAGAGCAGUAUAUGCGCUCUGGAGAGGGUUUCUUACUGGUGUUUGCUCUAAAUGACAGUGGCAGUUAUAAUGAAAUUCUGAAAUUUCACACUCAGAUUUUGCGGGUUAAGGAUCGAGAUGACUUUCCCAUGGUCCUUGUGGGCAACAAAUCAGAUCUUGACCAGCAGAGAGUGAUCUCAAGAGAGGAGGCCGUAGGGUUUGCCAGAGAAAACAGGAUCCACUAUAUGGAGUCAUCAGCUAAGAACCGCUACAAUGUGGAUGAAGCCUUCAUGGAGGUUGUGCGAGCAAUAAGGAAGUUUCAGGAAACAGAGAGCCCACCACUCCCUUCUAAUCACGCUGGCAAGCAGAAGAGUGGAGGCUGUCCCUGCACCCUUCUCUGAUGCCCCUCUGCACUGUUGCCUAGGAGACUGAAGCCCUCACUCUCAUGCCUGGUGCCUUAUAUGUCUACACCGUGUGUGUGUGUCAGUGUUUCAGUGGCUUUUACAGUAUGUGUGUAUGAGCGGGUUCCUAAGGAGGAACUACGUAAAUCUAAUGAGAGAGAACGGUGAAUCUGUUGGAAAGGGUGACCUUUAGAUCUUGUUUCAUCCACAUGUUUUAUUAUGUGCCUUGUAGAAUUGUGUUCUCUUUUGGUUUUAGAUUCAAGCACAGUAUUUGUUUAUUUCCAUCAAAGUAUAUGGCUGCAGAUUGAUUGUGUGCAGAUAGAUUUGUAUUUUAUUCAGCACAGAGGUGGGAGCAGCAAGUAGCAACAACAUAUGUUUAAUCAACCACAUAAGUGAUCAAAGGCUGUGUUGCCUGUAUGUAAUAUCUGAAGUAUUGGGUUAUUGACUCAAAAAGUCAGAAAAUAUUUGACUGGCUCAGACCCCUGUUUAGUAUGUCCCCUCUCUGGAGAUUCAUUUAGUCAGUUAGACUGCACUGAAAUGGCUGCUCUAUUGUACACCUUGUUGCUGUUUCCCCUCUUGAAUCAACUUGUUUUCAUCCAUCUUGUCCGGAUUAAGCAAUUUGGGACACUGUAGGGAUGACUAAGAUGUUUUAACAUGAGAUGGUUUUAAUGAUUGAGUGUUUUUUCUUGUUUUAAAUAAGAUAGUGGAGAGAUGGUGGUGUUAAAACAAUGGGUCCAGUAUCUGUGUAAUGCUAGUAUUCAUACAAACCAAAGGCUAUACUGUAUAUGUUUGCACACCUUUGUCAACAUGAAUAGUUAUCUAAUGUAGUUUAACACUAAAUGGACAAUUUGUGGCAUUUCAUCUUGUUUUGGUCUGUGUUUUUUGGGCAAAAGGAAUGGUAUAGUUUAAUUUUGAUUUUUGAAGGUACUUUUCAUUGUGAGUAUGCAGAACAAGGCGGUCUGUCUCCAGAUUCACAUGCUAUUGUUGUACAUUGUGCUUGAUUUUUGCACCUUUAUUAGUAGUCAGUGAUGCAAAAGCGAUACACAAGAAUUGACAAAUGAAUUUACAAACAAAAUGUAAUACUAAUCAGUGUUUUGAGGGAAAGAGUCACUCUGUCUGUACAAAAGUAAAACAGCGUAAAGAAUAACGUUAGAGUGAAGAAAAACGACUAGGUGCUUUGCUGAGUCAAACUAAGACAGUUCUUAUGUAAUCAAAAGGGAGCGCUGCACACACUUUACACAAGGACAUGGAAUUUUUUUUACUUUUGUUUUAAAUGAGACAAAAUUCUCUUUUAGCCUGGCUUUGUCAGCUGCAAAUUAAGAACAAAGCACUAUUUCAUUUUGGAAUGUUAAGAGAAAAAAUACACAACAUUGUAAUAUGAUUCUCAUUUAAUUUCUGUAUCUUUUGAUGUCUUAUGUCUGAUCAUUUCAGUCAUUUGAUGGAUUUGUCAUAAUAAAAGUUCCAAUUUA